AUGCAUUCUUUAAUAAAGCAAAGAAGAAAAACAGGUCAGGCUUCUGUUGAUCAUACUACGCAUGCUAAUAACUCAUCAAUUGUAGCUUAUAAUUUUGAUAUCUUAACACUGAUUCUAGUACUUGUACCAUUACAAACACUACCCGUACUCAAAUUAGUAUCGAAACACUGGUUGUCAGUAAUCUCUCAUCCCAACUUUGUUUACAAGUACUUUCUCAAAAACCCUAGUCAUUCUGUCAGAGGAUUAUUUUGCAGGCAACGUAUUUCUUGGUGUAGGUCUGCAACCCAAUACGAUUUUAUCUUUCUUGAUGGAAAUAUCAGUAGCUCUGUACCUUUUAAAACCCUAACUUUGGGACUAGAGAAAUCAGGUAUAGAGAUUGUUCAAUCUUGUAAUGGUCUUCUCCUUUGUUGCAAUGUCAUAGCUGAAGCGAAUGAUUAUGAUACUUACUACGUGUUUAAUCCAUUCACGAAGCAAUACAGAUUAAUACCGCGUUCAUUGUUGAAGAAAUCUCAGUUCAAGUAUGUGUUAUGUCUUAGUUUAGCUUUUGAUCCAUUCAAAUCUCCGUAUUAUGAAAUUAUAGCUAUAUGGAGUAACAAAGUAUAUGGUAGCCGUAAAUAUAUGAUUGAAAUAUAUUCUUCAGAAACUCGUAGUUGGAGGUUAUGCAAAGAUGAAUUUACCAUUGAAGAAUUCUCAAUACCAGGAGUUUCUGCUAUGUAUUGGAACGGUUCGUUAAACUGGAAUGCAGGUGACGGGACUGUGAUCUAUUUUGAUAUUGAUCGAGAAUUUAUGGGAGUAGUUCCAAGGCCUACAAGAGAAGUAGUGUACUACGUAAGCAAUACUGGUGUUUGUGAGUAUCAAGGCCAUUUGUACUUUAUUGCAAAACGUGAUAAGGAAGGUCGUUGUUUUGACAUAUUUGAGAUGGAUACUGGUCACGCUGGCUGGGCACUCAAAUGUUGUAGUGUCAAUGUAAAAGCAUCAAGAAGACGUGAACUGCUUAAUUUGUCUCCUCCUGAUCAGAUCAUAUUCAUUGCAGAAGAAGGCAAAUCAUUGAAGCUUGUUUUCCUGGCAAAUCAUGGUAAUGUUAUCUCCUAUGAUACUAAAGAAUUGAGCUUCAACAAAAUAUGUGAUAUUUUACCACCACCCGUACCUGGGAAUUUCUUCCUUUCUUAUCCGUACAUUCAAUCGCUCGCUUGUGUUUAA